GGCAGGACGAGACUCAGACAGUGGUGACAGGUGUGGCGCAGACUCAGAGGAACCAAUAGUUGGCCGCAAUGUGGCGCACUGCCGGCGUCUGACUUCGAAUCCCGCUCGGCCUUGGCCGUGGCGCCAUAACCGAUCUUCGAGUGUUACUCGCCGUCCUCAGCAUCCACGACAGGCCGUCAAGACAAUGGCCAAGGCUAAGGCAGCACCCACGUCGUCCAGCGGCGGCAAGGCCGCAAAGAAGAAGAAGUGGUCCAAGGGCAAGGUCAAGGACAAGGCGCAGCACGCUGUCAUCCUCGACAAGCCCACUUACGACCGCAUCAUGAAGGAGGUCCCCACCUUCCGAUUCAUCAGCCAGAGUAUCCUCAUCGAGCGGCUGAAGGUGAAUGGGAGCUUGGCACGGGUAGCAAUCAGGCAUCUGGAGAAGGAGGGCCAAAUCAAGCGGAUUGUCCACCACAGCGGCCAAUUGAUCUACACACGAUCAACCGGCGGAACGGAUUGAUUGCUCUCUCGUCGCUUCUGCUAUCAUCGACUCGCAGGCACGCUAAGGCAGCAUAUGUAUUCUCACCACGUUAAAACAUGCCAUGACAUGCCCCUUGCA